UUUGACAGAAUUCGUAAUGACUUGUCACUCGAUUGUAAAUAUUAUUAUUUUUUAAUAUUUUUUCCUUAUCUACAAUGUUUAUAUAAUAAUGUUUGGGAAAGGUUAGGGGUGGUUCAUUAAAUUAAAAUUACUCCACAAAUUAGCUGUAACAAUGGAAGUUAGUAGUCAACACUUGUUAAGUAACGAAUAUACGGAAGUUUACCGGCGACUACCCUUAAAACUACAACUUGCCUACGGUGUGGGGCACGUUUUAAACGAUGUGUGUGCGUCCAUGUGGUUUACCUAUUUACUCGUAUUUUUCCACCUAGUUCUACAAUUCAAUAACUGGCAGGCUGGUUUUAUGCUCCUCGUUGGCCAGGUCGCAGACGCUGUCUCCACCCCCUUUGUGGGGUUCCACUCCGACCAGUCCGACAAUUUCUGGCUGUGCCGAUACGGAAGGCGAAAAACUUGGCAUUUAGUCGGCACUGUAUGCGUCGUAGUGACUUUUCCCUUCAUUUUCUCUCCUUGUAUAGGCUGUAAAGAUAGUCACCAAUGGGCCCAAAUCUUUUACUACUGUGUUUUUAUCACGAUUUUCCAAUUCGGGUGGGCUUCUGUGCAAAUUUCUCAUCUCUCCCUCAUACCGGAAUUAACUCCAAAUGAGCACGACCGCACCAAACUCACUGCUAUUAGAUAUUGUUUUACGGUCGUUUCGAAUCUCUUAGUUUAUGUCAUAACGUGGGGUAUUUUGCAUAUAAGUAGUGGAGAGGAGUCAAAAAUCGGGCCGGGGGAUGCCCCCAAAUUCCAACAUGUUGUUUGGACAGGCCUAACUCUGGGGAUUUUUUGUUCGGUGAUAUUUCACGUAUUUGUCAAAGAGGAAGGCGCUUCUGGUAGCAAUGAUGUCAGGGGGACGUCGCUGCGGACCCCAAUUGCGGAUAUUUUACGCUCAGUUGAAGUCUAUCAGGUUGCAGUAGUGUACAUGUCGACCCGACUUUUUGUCAAUUUGACUCAAGUUUUCAUCCCUUUGUAUCUCCACGAGACCCUUGAUAUGGCAGCAAGUGCUUUAGCCCUGAUCCCUUUAAUUAUGUUUAUCGGAAGUUUCAUAACCUCAAUGACUAUUGAAAAAUUAAAUCGCUGUUUGGGCCGGAAGCUCUCAUACAUUUUGGGUGUUAUAAUGGGGGUUGCUGCCUGUAUUUGGAUCAAGUGUGGCUCCAAUGAUGAAUUAAAGUCGUCCCAAAUUUACAUAAUUGCAGUUUUGAUCGGGUCCGGUGGUUCUAUAACCCUUGUUACUAGUCUUGGUAUUACUGCGGAUCUUAUCGGUGAUAAGACAAGUAGUGGUGCUUUCGUAUACGGAAUUAUGAGUUUUACUGAUAAACUUGCAAAUGGGAUCGCUGUUGUGAUUAUCCAAGAUUUGCAUAAGGAUUCUUCCAAUACGGGAUACUAUAGAGACGUAUUGACGUAUGUGUGUGGAGGGUCGGCACUUCUUGGAGCUUUAGCUGUGAUAUCUUUCCUUAAGAAAGUAAGAGGAGCACUUUCCAGACCCUUUAGGAUAUGAAAACGUCCCCAAUUAUAACAGUAUUAAUGCGGACGUACUUUCGGUCGCAACUGAAGAUAUACAACCGUCUCUUAUUUCAUAGUGCAAUACUCAUAAAGCUGAUUUUUAUUUAUUAACAGAAUGGAUAAUAUAUUUUUAUAAAAUUCUAUUACAAUUUGUAUUACUAGUUGUUAUCAAUUAAUAAAAAAUAAUAAAACA